GCAGAUUGACAAGCAUUUUAAACGGUCGCAAAGUGUGUGUCGAGAGAUCGCGCGAGGCGAGACUGCGCUGGGAGCAAGAGAGAGAAAAAAAGCAAAAAAAAAAAAUACAUCAAUCAAGCAAGGGGCGCUUUCGGAAAAAGGGAAGCCCAAUUUUCGCGACUUUUCUGGGCGGACACCGUGCGUGGUUCCGGAUCGCGGUUCCCGGGGAGGCGCGUCGCGACGUUCCGCAGCUGCCCAGUGAAAAAGUGGGUGUUUUCUUGCGUUUCUGCCUCUCUGUGUUCUGUCUGUGUCUCUCUCUACGCCACAAAAGUUUUCUUCACCACUUUGCUGCUGCUGUGUAUUGAAAUUUCGCAAAACCCAUCUUCUCCUUUUAUUUGCAGUGCGAAAUAUUUUUAGACUUAUCAGAACACGACCGCGACGACGACUUCGGGCAGAUUUGUAUCGCUGAAGAAAGUUUUUUUUUUACGCAAUUUUCCGGAAUUUUUGGAGAAGAAGAAAAUCACCUGGGCCAAGGGCUUGGUGGUGAGUGACGCAAAAAAAACAAAAGAAGACAUCGGAGAAGGGCCUGCCCGUUGCCUGCUUGGAUUGGAUCGGAUUGUGUCAGUCCCUUGGAAUUUAGCAGCUGUCACACAGUUCGAAAAAAAGAAGGAAGCAAAGAAAGCCAAGAGAUAUGACAACAUCAUGUCACUGGAAGUGAAUUACGACGACGUUCCAGCUCGGAACCGGAUGGGGACAAUUCCGAGCCAGUUUGCUGUUGUUGCAGAAGCCCUCGGGAGUGUGUGAGUGUGCGUGCGUGUGUGUGUGUGCGCAAGGUGUCCCUCCUUGGCAAGAAGAGGCAAAAUUGUAGCUGGAAAACCAAAUUUAGCAAAUGUUGUGGAAGCACAAGCGAGGAGGAUGGUGUAAAUUGCGGUCAUAAAUAUUUGAGAAGAAGAUAAAUUUUGAAGUGCGUGUCUGUGUGAAGGUCGCAAGGUGCAGCACCCAAAAGGUAAAGUGAAUCUAAUUAUACCCUCGAGAGAGAGAGAGAUAGAGAGGAGCGCAAGCAACGGGAGAGUGUGAAGGGAAGGAAAAUUAUCGAAAAAAUCGAAUUAUACUCCACGAAAACGAGCGCUAAAAGAGCGCGCACGAAGGGAAGAAGAAACCGAGGGGAAGGGAGAGGGCCCCAGCAUCUGGCAGGGCAACCACCUGUCGUCGAUCAAACCAGACCAGAAGGUGUUUUUGAAGGAAACAGGAGACAAAAAAAAACAACCGCCAAAAUGCCAGGAUUAAUCGGAGUGAGCGAGUUCCUCGAGGAAACCCGCGAGGACUACAACUCGCCGACGACGUCCACGUUCGUGUCCCGGAUGGUCCAGUGCCGGCAGACCAUUGCAGCACUCGAGGAGACUCUAGACUUCGAUCGAGAAGGCCUGACUAAACUCAAAAAGGCAGUCAAAGCAAUACACAAUUCGGGAAACACCCACGUGGACAACGAGAUGUGUCUGGUGCGCGCGCUGGAACGCCUCGGCUCGGUGGCCCUGUCCAAGGAGGAGCCGGACAUUGGGGCCGCCUUUCUGAAAUUCUCCGUCGUCACCAAAGAGCUCAGCGCGCUCAUGAAGACGCUGAUGCAAAACAUCAACAACAUCGUCAUGUUCCCGGUGGACUCGCUGCUCAAGAGCGAACUGCGCGGGAUGAAGGGCGAGAUGAAGAGGCCCUUCGACAAGGCUGCCAAAGACUACGACUCCAAGUUCAUGAAGAUCGAGAAGGAGAAGAAGGCGCUGGCCAAGGACGCCGGCAUGAUGCGGACCGAGGUCACGCCGGCGGAAAUCGCCGAGGAGAUUGAGAAGGAGCGGCGCGUCUUUCAGCUGCAAAUGUGCGAGUAUCUGAUAAAGUUCAACGAGAUAAAAACGAAGAAAGGUAUCGAACUGCUGCAGCACCUCGUCGAGUACUACCACGCUCAAAACAACUACUUCAAGGACGGUCUCAAGACAAUCGCCCACUUUGGCACGUACAUCGAGGAGUUGAGCGUGAAGCUGCAGACGAUCCGCCACAAACAGGACGAGGAGCGGCGGAAAUUGCUGGAGUUGCGGACGUUGCUGCGGUCAUCGCCGGAUUUUGACCGGGUCGAGAAUGUCCCCAGCGAUAAGGGAGGGACGGCUGGGUAUUCGUUGCAUCAGCUGCAGGGUGAUAAAAAUCACGGAAUUACGAGGUCGGGCCAUCUGCUGAAGAAGAGCGAGGGAAAAGUGCGGCGAGUGUGGCAGAAACGACGGUGUCGCGUUACGGCCGAUGGCUUCCUGGACAUUUGCCAUGCGGACGAGACGAAGGCGCCGACGCGGGUCAAUCUUCUCACGUGUCAGAUCAAACCCGUCUCAGACGACAAGAAGGGCUUCGACCUCAUCAGCUACAACCGCCCAUACCACUUUCAAGCCGAGGACGAAUUGGACCAGAAGGCGUGGAUGUCGGUGCUGGUCAACUGUAAGGAAAAGGCCCUGGCCAAGGCAUUCCAGCAUGCAAACCCCCAGAUGAGUCCCAGCUUGAUCGAGCUGCAAAAGACGGUCAUCAAGUACAUCCAGAACCUGCCCGGCAACGACCAGUGCUGUGACUGCGGCUCGAAGAACGACGUUACCUGGAUCAGUCUCAACUUUGGCAUCCUCGUGUGCAUCCAGUGUUCCGGCGUCCAUCGGGAUCUGGGUGUGCACCACUCGCGGAUACAAAGUCUCACGCUGGACAAUCUGACCACGGCGCAGCUGCUGAUCGCCCGGGCCAUGGGCAACAACAGCCUGAACGAAGUCAUGGAAGCAACGCUCGGCAGGGGCAAACUCACGCCGGACAGUUCAAUGGAGGAACGGUACGAUUUCAUCCGGGCAAAGUACAUCGCUAAGCGGUACGUGAUGCGGACGUGCGCAGACGAUCGGGACCUGCGGAACGACCUGGAGCAGGCGAUCAUCAACGCCGACCUCGGUCAGCUGCUGCAGGUGUGGGCCGAGGGGGCGGAUCUGUCCUGCGUGCUGCCGUCGUCGGAAUUUGGCGAAACCGCCCUUCACCUCGCCGUCCUCCGCGAGAUGGGCUCCACGCUGCACAUCGUCGACUUCCUCAUCCAGAACAUGACGGCACAAGGGCUAAACAAACAGACGAAUCCCCCAGGACCGGCAGACAUGUCCGGCCGCAAUACUGCGCUUCAUCUGUGUGCGCUACACGAUCGACGCGAGUGCAUGAAGCUGCUGCUGCGAUCCGGCUGUGACCACGACGUGCGAAACUCGCAAACGCGAACCGCGAUCGACAUUGCCAAAGAGAUGGGCCACGAGGCCUGCAAGGAGUUGAUUGAGCAUGCCAUAAAGCGUGAAAAGAGCGCGUUCGACCACAUCAACACCGACUGGAACAUCCACGACGACGGAUCGACGGACUUUUCCGACGACGACACGGUGCUGACGGACGAGCGCAAGUCUCGCUCGCGGCCACCGAGCUUCGUCGGGGGAGAUUCCCCGGUGGCGCUUCGGUCCCGAUCUUCGACCUGUGAUUCAAUCCAGAGCGGUUCCAGCCCCAGUUCCAGCUGUAAUCCCAACCUGGCCCAGUCCGGUCAGCAGAUUCCGGGCAAUUCCAACAGCAAGAUUCCCAUUCCAUCGUCCGGCACUAGUCCGAAACAGUACGCCGGAGGUUCGUUCGCGUCGCACUACGGUUCCGGUGGCGGCGGUGGUUCUAGUCCCAACUCGAGCAGUUCCAGCAGCAUCGUGCGGCAAGCCUCGGCCCAGAUUGCUGCCGCCGCCGCUGCCCAGAGCAAAAAGUCUUCCUCUGUCAACAUCGGUUCCCUCAAGAAGCGCACCGCCCCAGCCCCGCCACCAACGUACGGAACGCUACCCCACGCCCCGCGCCACUCGCAGAACAUUGACAGCGACAUCUUUGGCGUUUCGUCGGCGGCCGUUUCGUCCCACUUUCACCAUCAUCACCAUCACGCGACCGACAUGUACAGCACACUGCCACAUCUGCCGCGAGGCGCGUCCGAAUCGGGAGUAGCGAGUGGUCCCCAAGUGGCGCAGGUCGCCGGACAGCUUCCGUCCGUUGGGGGCGGCGGAGCCAAGUCCAGCUCGUCCCAGCAGUUGCACUUUGACAACAAGAUCUACGAACGGUUCGAGGGGUACAUUCCGUCCAACAACCGGGAUCCGAACUUUCUAAGCUCGUUCACCGGCGGUCACAAGCGGUCGCCCAGCGGGGAGUCGCUGGGCAGGAAUUUGGCCGGCGCCAAGCUAGUCCUUCCACCGGCGGGCGAAAUUCCCCAGCUCAAACCGGUGGACAAGAGCGUCCACAACCGACCAAAGCUGCCACCACCCCCGGGACCACCAGCUGGAGACAAAUCAAUGUCCAACGGACAAUCCAACGAGAGUCUCUCCUCGAUGGACGACGCCGUCGUGCUGAGGAAAAAGGUAUCGACCAACUCCUCGUCCAAGUACGGCACCAGCGACUAUGGCAGUGAUGUGCACCAACUCCACCACCAUCACAUCCCGGCCGCUGGGUUGGACAGCUCGCUGGCGUCCAUGUCCUCGGGUGGUGGCGGCGGUGGCACCAAUCUGGACUCGUCCGCCAACAGUAGCUUCAGCGCGCGCAACGACACGUCGGCGUCGUCGGACGGGCUCGGCCUCGACAGCAGCAGCUUCAACCUGUCCUCGUCCAAGAGUCCGGCUUCGUUCCUCGGUUAUGGCGUCCCGCGGCGAUGUCGCGCCCUGUACGACUGCAACGCCGACAACGACGACGAGCUGGAGUUCAAGGAGGGCGAAGUGUUGCUCGUGCUGAACGAGCGAACCGACGACGACAACUGGAUGGAGGGUGAGAUUGAGGGCGAUCCGUCCCGGCGGGGCAUGUUUCCGGUGAGUUUUGUGCAGAUGAUUGACGAGUAAGAAGAAGCUGAGCUUCGUCCACACACACACACUGAGAGUGAUUAUUCUAAGUCUGCUGAGCGAAAGAAGGCCUUUUCUGCGUUUGGCAGGAAAGGUCGAAAGCAUGGAAUACAACCACAAACACACUAUCUUAUUUAUUACACAUUUUACCAAUCGCCCAGAACGAACAAAACUAUUUAAUCCCUUCACGAGCGAAAGAGAGAAAUCACACACACAUUAUUAUUAUUAGCUCUAUUGUGUAAAGUUUAAGCAACAAAAAAAAUGCCGAACAAUUCGUGCGCUGUACAUUUAAAUUGACUGCUCAAAGUAGAACUUCGUUUUUGCUUCUGUGUGUAAGUACCUACAAAACAAAAAGUAUAUAAAUAUUGAUUAGAAAACGAGAAUUUAUCUCCUCACGAAAAACAGUGUCCUCACUCUCUUUGAUUUGGUCGCGUAUUUUUCCAACUCCUCCUCGUCACUCACACACACAAUUUUCAAAAAAAAAACAAUGUUAAACCUAAGAAUGAAGCAUUUAUCUUGUGAGUCUGACACUGUAUUGCACGAUUUUAGUCGAAGGUUGAGAGAAAAAACAGUGAAACAAAGAUGAAAAAGGACAAAUUAUCUGCAAAUAUUAUAAUUAAUAGAGUAUUGUUUGUAAACUAUUAUCGAUUACCUAUAUAUAAAUGGAGAAAAAAAGUAAAGCAUUAAAACAAAUACAGAAAGUUACAAAACGUUGACGUCGUCGCGAAACGAUACCAGAAAAUUGAAAACUUUAUGUGCCAGUAUACAGAAAAGAAAGAUUAAGAAGACGAAAAAAAACAAAGAAAGAAUUCAUAUUAUAAAAAAGAACCUAAUCUAUCGGAGUAGUGAAAAGUGAAUACAAAAAAAAGUAAUAAAAAAGAAACUCAUCGUACCCACAGUAGAAUGCAAUUCAAACCAAGAUUCCAGUGACAAAACAAAACAGUAGAAUUCCACCUUUACCCGUUACUCUCGAUGUGAAAGAAAAUCCUCUAGAAUCGACGUUGCUUCAACCCACACAAAUACGAACUGUCUGACAGUGGAAAAACAAAAAGAAAUCGAAGUCACUAUUUAGCGAUUGAUUAGCAACCUGCAAUCUGCAAACACAAACCUACUAUGUACUACUAUUACACUAUUACCACUACCAAAAAAGUAUUACUGUUGAGCAAAUAAAAUGAGAUGAACAGAGAAGAAAACAAAACAAAUAAAAGUGUCGCAUUAAAUUAUUACCAUGUUUAGAGAGCGCAGAGAAAUACUCGAAGCAAAUCAACCGAACCAGAUAGAGAUCAAAAUCAAGCAGAAUAAAAGCAAACAACCUACCAACCUAUGUGAAUGUGAAUGUUACAAACAAACAAACAACAAACAGAAAAACAAUAGAUCCUAUAGGCAGAUAAAAUAAAAUAAUAAAAAUGACGAAAUAAAGAAGCAAAACACUUGAAUGAAUACCACACCUACAUGGGGACGAAUCCGUUUACCCGAAAUGCAAUCACAGAAAGAGGACAAAAACAAAAAGAAGGCAUCAAUCAGCAAAUGAGCAAACAAAAUAAAAGUACAUGAUACAUGAAAAUGAGUAAAAAGGAAAU